UCUCGCUCUCUCUCUCUCUCUCUCUCUUUGCGAACUCCAGCGCUGCGUUCGCCACCCUUCUUCAGGAAUUUGUAAUGGCUGCAAAGGAUGGUUCGGAAGCAGCAGAGGAGCAUACAUCUAGCGCGGAGAUACAGUCGUUUUUCGACUCGGCUCCCCCGCUGAAAAGUAGUCUCGAAAUCAGAGACAAGUUGAAGGAGUUUCUUGACAAGAAUUCGUCGUCGACUGGAGAUGGAAGAGCUAGCCGAAUUGUUUGCGUGACCUCGGGGGGGACGACUGUCCCUCUAGAGCAACGCUGCGUGCGCUACAUUGAUAACUUCAGCUCAGGCCAUCGAGGAGCAGCUUCCACUGAGUACUUUUUGAAGGCAGGAUAUGCGGUUAUCUUUCUGUAUCGAAGGGGAACCUGCCAGCCUUAUUGCAGAUCUUUGCCAGAUGAUCCGUUCCUUGAAUGUUUCGAGUAUAUAGACGAGUCACACAUUAAAGCGAGGGAGCCACAUUCUGAAGCUGUGAAGAUGGCUAUCAGCGAUCAUCACAAUGCGGUUGAAAAAGGACAAUUGCUGAAACUUACCUUCACAACGAUUUUUGAAUAUCUUCAGAUGCUACAGAUGGUUGCAACAUCACUUAAGGUUCUUGGGCCACAUGCAAUGUUUUAUCUCGCAGCUGCAGUAUCUGAUUUUUAUGUCCCUUGGAAAAGCAUGGCAGAACACAAGAUCCAGUCAGGAUCAGGUCCGCUUGAUAUGAGUCUGGUUCAAGUUCCAAAAAUGCUAGCUGUCUUGAGAAAAGAGUGGGCUCCAUUUGCAUAUUGCAUUUCAUUUAAGCUAGAGACUGAUAAGAACAUCCUGCUCAAGAAGGCAGAUAUGGCUCUUAGUAAGUACAACAUGCAUGUUGUAGUGGCCAAUGAGCUUUUAACUCGGAAAGAGGAGGUCGUUGUCGUCACAGGUGAUGAAAAGGUUUCAGUUUUCCGGGACAAGACCCAGGUUGGCAGUGAUGUGGAGGAUCCCCUCAUCAAACUGCUAGUUGAGAAACAUUCGAUUCAUGUAGAAGAUUCUCGCUCAUGAAAAUAUAAAUUGUUGAGAAGUUCAACCUGUCAUAGAUACUACUAAUUGUCACGAUUGAUCAAUUUCUGUUACAUAAUGACUGCUUAGGGCAGGUGUUUUUGUAGUGUUUGGCAAUACCUCUUUGCCUUAGCAUUUAUGUUAUCUAUUCCAGUUUCUUUGAGUACAAAACGACAUUGUUGGUGCUCUUGAGGCAACUAUAAUAUUAAUUCUUGUAGCUGUAAUACUUUCUAAAAGAGAGUAACGGAAAGAAAUAUUAUAGUUCUUGAAGUUUUUUGAGUGUUA